GUCGUACUCGUAGUCGUGCUCGUCAUCGUAGUCGCGCUCAUCGUCGUCGUCCCCGUGUCACGAGGACGCUGCGAGUACGCGAGGGGCACACGGUGACGCGCCGUCGUCCGCUUCGGUCCGCAGACGUCACUCCGCCGCGAAAGAGAGCACCCGCGGGGGCUGCUCCACGGGAACGUUUACCUCGUCCGCAGCCGACGACGACAGUGAUAAUCGUCGUCGCGAUGCGUUACGUUGCGACGCGGCCGCACCCGUUGCCGUCCUCGCGAUUUCCUCGAACUCAGCCUCGAGAAGGAUACAAUAUAUCGAUAUUCCGCAAUUGAAACGUGUCGCGCACGUAGAAAGAGACAAAAGAUCGAGCGGAAGGAAAACAGUGCAAUUUGUUCGAGGACGGUGUCGUACGUCGUUAUUCCUAUCAAUUUGUAUCAUCUGAUAGUCUAGGCUUUUGUUGUGAUUCGGAGUAUUCUAUAUUUCCGGGCAAGACCUAGCUUCGUCAACAACGCCAGCGAUAUUUCGUAUAGUCGAAGAAUGGCGAUGCAGAAGAUGAGAAGACAAGGCCAAGACGUUAUGCAGGUGAACCUAGCAGGUAUUAGGCGAGAUAUAAUGAAUCUUGCCCAUAAUUACAGCAAUGCUCAGAAAGCUGUACGAAAAGCUACCAGCAAUGAUCCCUGGGGUCCAAGUAGUACACUUAUGGCGGAAAUUGCUGACUUAACGUACAACGUUGUAGCAUUUACGGAAAUUAUGCAAAUGCUAUGGAAGAGAUUAAACGAUCAUGGGAAAAAUUGGCGACACGUAUACAAAGCCCUAGUUCUAUUAGAAUAUCUUAUUAAGACGGGAUCCGAAAAGGUAGCGCAACAGUGCAAAGAAAAUAUUUUCGCCAUCCAAACCUUGAAAGACUUUCAAUACAUGGACGGGCAUAAAGAUCAAGGUAUCAACGUGCGGGAAAAAGCAAAACAAUUAGUGGCCUUAUUAAAAGAUGACGAAAGAUUGAGGAAUGAGCGAGCCAGAGCUUUAAAAGCAAAAGAGAGAUUUGCGCAAUCGGUCAGUGGUUUUGGAAGCGAUGGCUUGGAUACCAUGUCGCCUGUUAGCAGUGACUUUCAGGAUUGGGAGCCUUGUCACUUAUCCGAGCCAUCGUCUAGACGCGCAACGGAAUUGGAAGCCGCAAGACCGCAAACAGUGGGCGAGGAAGAAUUACAGCUACAGUUGGCUCUAGCCAUGUCGAGGGAAGAAGCGGAACAAGAGGAACAAAGAAGACGCAGCGAUGACGUUAGACUGCAGUUAGCCCUUAGUCAGAGUCAGCAAGACUUCAAAGCUCCGCAAGCCGAGAAGCAGAGUCACGUGCUCGAUUUGCUGGACGUAGCCCUGGGAGAAGCGAGCGGCCCUUCUGUACAGACCGAUCCCUGGGGUAUUCCGAUAACGGCGCCGCCGCCCAGACCGCAGCCGCAGAACGACCCGUGGAGUGUUCCGACAACGAGUAGCGCGUCACCCGUGAUAGACCCGUGGACGCCCGUCCCUCCGCAACGACCAAGAUCCUCAGCGGCCACUAUCGAUCCGUGGCGCGCCCCUGCUCCGUCGCCUGCCACAGUGGCGUCUCCACGUACGACGGAUCCCUGGUCGCCGGUGCCGAGCACCACUGCCGAACCGGAGGCGAGCAAGCUACAGGCGGCCCAGGAUGGCGUGGCGUCUCCGUCACCAGCCUUCAAUAAUUCAACACUGACGCAGAACAUCGGCUUCGCCGCACAGUCGCCUCAGAACAUAAGCUUUAACUUGCCGGCUGUAACCUCCGCCGCCACUAACUUCAGCACCACCAGCAACGGUUUCAACGGGACGGCGCCGGUGCCGCCGCCGCCGCCGCCGGGCUUCAUCUUUUCCACGCCGAACAACGGCAGCACCGCCGCGACGAGUCCGCUCAGCGAUUUAGACGAGUUCGACGUGAUCACCAACAGAGGAAAACUCGGGGCCAGUCCGCAGACGGUGAACAAUGGCGGCACAUCGUCGGGAGAUCCCUUCGACUUGGGAGGCAUGGCCGAGAAUCUUCCUGCCAGCACUGGCGCGGUGAAGAAAACACCACAGUCCUUCUUGGGGGAGAACUCCGCGCUCGUCAACCUGGAUAAUCUCGUCAGCGCUUCGGCGAUCAAGCCUACCGCUCCCACGCCUGCCGCAACCAUGUCGUAUUCAGCAAAUCCGUUUGCAACUGUGACGCCACCGCCCCGUCCUACAAUCAAUCAGAUUCGACAGGAUCCAUGGACAGCGAAUACAACUACUACGGCUAAUCCGUUCCUCUCGUAGCCUGGUCGAUCGAAAAAAAAAAAAAAGCUUCAAUAGUGAUCUACGAGACGUUCGCGGUUCUACAUGUAACCCUGUACGGUAUAGAUUUUGGUUAACGAUAAAGUACGACUUCAAUUGUGGCAAUUACGGGGCGAAAGUUGAGCAAGUAACGAAAUCGUGCGAGACGAAAAUAUUACGGAUAUUUCGCUGACAUUGGGUAUAUUAAAGCGUUAUUUUUCGACGAAUUGGAUAUUGGCAACACAUGAUCUAUGAUCGUUGUACAAGGUUCUUCUUUGUUUUGCAUGUACUACUCGCUUCGUAAAGUUUAUUCCGAAAGUUUAAUUACUUGAACGACUAAGUAGAAGUGUGACAUACGUGUAAUUAAGUGAUGAGUGAAAAGAUACAAUACACACGGCCCACACACACACACAUACAACACACACACACACAUAAAUCAUGUUUUAACUUUGAACCCUUACACGAUCCCAAGGUACGACUAGAUUUUAUACACACUACCUUCUCUAUAUAGUAUCUAUUUUCUAUGUAUAAAUCGAUUCAAGGAAAGAGAUUGCUCAGCAGUAUCGUCGCUGGCGGGGAGAGAACACACAAAGUAACGCCGGAGUCGAGGGUCGAUCUAUGUUUAUGCGUUUCACAUUUGUACACACGCGUUUUCUAACAGCGAAACCGAUGAGACCGUGAGACUGUAAUCGUGAUUUGCAACAAAAAAACAAACAAACAAGAAACAUACAAAAACGAGAAAAUCUAUUAUAUAUCGAACAGGGUUCCGUUCGCGUUAUACGCUUAUACAAAUACGUGUCGAUCACGGCUCGUGAGAAAUUCAUCGUCGUAGCUUGCUUUCUAAUUAAGCGAUCGUGAUACGAGCAGCUGCCGUGUUACAUAAGUAAAGAGAAAAACAAAAGUGUGCGCGUAUUUCUUACAUAGUUGUACACAUAGCCGGUCAUUCGCGAAUGACGUACUGCGACCUAUGACACACCAAGGCACGUCUAAACGAACAUGCAACUGUGAAAGUAGCAUUCACACUGAUAACAACGUAGGACCUAGGGGAGGAAGGGGAGGGUUAAUCCAUGUAUCGUUUUCAGUGUCAAUCUAAGAAUCUCGAUUUCGAUCGAGCAAUGGGGGGGGGGAGGUGAUUUUCGCGCGGAUUUUUGACGUAGAUAGAUAUCUUGAAAAAUCAAACUCCAGAGCGACAGGAACAGUGUCUCUCGUCUACCCGAGAAGAUCGCCGAUAUUUAGAUGAAAAUAAUAAGCGGGAUAAUUUCCAACUCUACGGGGUUAUUUUCGAUUAAACCGAUUCACGCGCCCGGCACUUCCGAGAUUGCGAGCGAAACUGCUUGGCGCGGUUACAGCAAGGCUACACGACAUUCUUGCCUAUUUGCUACAUCAUAUUUUCUAAAUUUGCACGACUCGGAAUCACGAGGUCAGAUUACGAGUGAAAAAAAAAAAGAAACAUCGCAAUUGUGUCUGUCUUGAUUUAAAAUAAGGGAUGUAAAUAUAAAAAUUCAGCAUAUCGUUCCCCGCUUGUCAAAUGUUUGUAGUGUUCUUUAAUAACGAAUAACGUAGGUAAUUUUUUCAUGACACUCGUGAAAGCUGUAACUCGCGACGUCACUAUGUAUCACUAUGUCGCGAUCUGCGUUUGCAGAAAAAUUUGCUGAGCUGUUCCCUAGACAAACAAGUACCACUCUUCGUAGCCGCCGCCGGGUAUUCCGAUCGCGUCGGGCGAUAUUAUUCGCGUCGCACGCGCGGAUGUUUUACCGUGUAUAGAAUCGAGUCGCGAUUGAAACGCAACCUACCCCAAAGAGAAUCAUCGCACCCUCACGCGCACCUCAGCAUCUUUUUCUUCGAAAUGACAACGCAUUUUGCAGUUUUAUACAAAGAGAACUUUUUCACUAUACAGCAUUGACAAAGGGGAACUAUAUUCGCCUAUUUAUCCAAAUACAUCAGAAGUUGCACGAUUUAAGCUGUUCCAAGUAAACGUCGAGCAAAUAUAAUUCCAGUGUAUUAUUUAUAUCGUUAAAAUCAGUAAUUUCUGUUGGCUUUAUGCAGUUUUAACACAUACAUUGCUUAUAUGAGUGAAACUGUAUAUUUCAUACGUAUUUAUAUCCAGGUGUUCGCCGAGAUAUGAAGUCAAAUUGCAUGGACACGCACCGCGUUGUGAUCGCUCUGCGUAAGAAUUUUAUUGUACAAUUAUUGUAUCUAGCAAUUUUUAUCGGGAAUACGAAUAACUAUAAUUGAUUAUCAUGCCUGUUGUAUGUAGGAUGAUGUAUUUCCAGGGCAUCCUAUAUCUCUCAAUUUUAUAUAUCUAUAUAUUUUUUUACCAACUUGAUUUACUCACGUAACGAAUCUAUGGAUCAUGAUGAUAUACACAUACACACACACACACAGCUUCAUCUCUGUGCGAACAGUGGAGUAUUUUUGUUUAGCUUUUAGAGCCAAUGUAAUUGCAAGGAAAUUCAAAGAACAUUUAUGAAAAUAAAUAUUAUAUAUUUUAGUAGAUUA